AUGAGCAAUUUGACGGACGGCCAAGAGCCAGUAUCCAGCACACAGAAUGGCACAACGGACGGCAUGAUUUUCAGCAGCGUGGCGAUGUCGGCAAAAACAUGUGCUUCAUGUCUUGGGAGAAUGGUCCUACGAGGGACAGCCUGGACACGAGCAGAACAGGGGACAUGGGAUGAGGACAUGUGUGGACAGCCGCAGGGUCGCAAUCACAAGCUUAUUAUUGGCUGCACGCUGACGUCUGCGUCGCUCCUGCUGUUAGAUGAUCUGAGAUGGGGAACUGCGUCAGAGGGCAAGAAAAAGGAUGCGAACCACGGUCGGGCGAAUACUUGCACGAUAUUUUUCUACGGUUCCAUUGAAUUUCAUUUCAGUGCAGCAAUACCAAACUGCAACUCGGUGGCAUUCCCCUUGUGCUUUUCACAAGCAACAUGGGAACCUUCAAGAGCCCGCCCUGCUGGGACCACCGACCACCAAACGCAACCGGCUCAGGUCAACUUGCAACUGUGCAUUGCGCCAGCCAUCAUCCGCUGGGACGAGCAAGGACCUGGAGGGGCUUCGUGGGGCGAUGAGCCGGCUCCGGAUCUGUCCCGGCCAAAUUCCUCGUGCUCGUCAGAUGUCAGCAGCUUUUGGGAUUCUGCAAUUGAGUGCCACAGGGCUGCUGGUGGCACAAAAUGGAGCCGAAGGCGCCACUUUGACUCCACCAGCUCGAACCAGCUCUGGCCUGUCGCUUAA